AUGUUACAUUUGGUAUUUAUAAUUGUUUUUAAGAGUUAUGUUUUUUGUGAACCUUCUCCUCGAAUACCUAUUUAUCGAAUGUUAAUGAGCUCAUCAAAUAAAACAAAUUGUACAAUAACGAAAGAAAACGUUACGAUAUGUGAAACAUCUUCACGUCAUUUUGGUCGAAUACUUACAAAAGCAGCCAGUGUUUACGAAAGUCUUGUCAAUAUAGCCGAUGUCAAUGGAAUUAGAGUAGAUAAUCAAACAUUUGCUGAAUGUACGUCUAUUAUUGGUAUGAAUGAUUUUCAAAGUGAUGGUAUUUUGGGUCUUGCAUAUCCUGGUUUAACACUUGGGACUGAAAUACCUUUUUUCUACAAUAUGUGGUAUCGUGGUUUAAUUUCCAAACCCUUAUUUUCCUUCUAUUUAAAUCCUGAUACAAGUUCUUUAGAUGGUGGUGAACUCAUUUUUGGUGACGUCGACUCAAGUAAAUAUAUAGAUCCAAUCACGUAUGUUCCUGUGGUAAUACCAAGAUAUUGGGAAUUUCGCAUGGAUGGUAUUUAUGUUAACACGACUGCUAUCAAUACAUCGUUGUAUGCCAUUAUUGAUACUACUAGUACAUUUAUUAUUGGUCCUGCUGCGUCAAUCGAUGUUUUGAAUAUUGCACUAGGUGGUAUUUAUGAUUCGCUUGUUGGAAUGUACAAAGUUGAUUGUAAGAUACGUUCACUCUCAUCAUUUCCUAAUGUAACUUUCAUAAUUGGUGGUCAAGCAUUUACAUUGACACCAUUACAGUACAUCUUGAUUUUCACUGAUGAAGACAAUAGUUAUGUAUGUUACACGGUUUUUGUUCCAUCGAAUGUAAAUGACUCACAUGGUAAUCUCAUUUGGAUAUUGGGCAACUUUUUUCUUUAUCGAUUUUAUUCGAUUUUCGAUAUUAAAAGUAAUCGAGUAGGCUUAGCUAUAUCGACUUCUUACAAUUGGACACAACCUAUUAAUUCAUCUUUAUUUAAUAUUUCAUCAACUACAACACAGAUAACAAUUGCAACUAUAAAUAUGACAACGACAGGUUCGAUGACAUCAACUUUAAGUAAUUCAGCACAUAUAACAACUGUAACAUCAAUAGCUAUCAAAAUGGAAAUAUUCUUAAAAAAUGUUGCAAAUAACUUUGUAUUACUAUUGAUAUCAUUUCUCAUCAAAACUGUUUAA